AUGCCGACACGAAGCGCAGGACUCCUACAGCUCGCCCUGCUUGUCCCCCGGGCUGUGCGGACCUAUGCCGCCCCGGCGGCUGCCGUUGUCUUGGAUGCAGGCUAUGAGGGCAUGGGGGCUUCGCUGCCGGGGGGAGAGCCGCCAGAGACAGAACCAGGAUCAUCAGCUUUCUGGUGGAAACUCGCACUGAGUGCUGUGCUGGUACUGCUCGGAGGUGUCUUUGCGGGUCUUACGCUCGGUUUGAUGGGUUUGGACCUCGUCAACUUGCAAGUCUUGUCCACGUCCGGUGACGAGGAGGAACGGAAAGAUGCGACCAAGGUGAUGAAGCUGCUCGAGAAGGGUCGGCACUGGGUCUUGGUCGUCUUGCUGCUUUCGAACGUCGUGGUGAACGAGUCGCUGCCCAUCUUCCUGGACUCGAUUCUCGGCGGAGGCCUCGGAGCCAUCGCACUCUCGACGACCCUGAUCGUCAUUUUCGGCGAGGUCAUCCCGCAGUCUGUGUGCGCUCGCUACGGUCUCCGCAUUGGCGCCAAAGCCGCUCCCUUCGUCCUCGCCCUCAUGUACCUCGAGUUCCCCAUCGCCUAUCCAAUCGCCAAGCUGCUCGACCGCCUGCUCGGCGAGGAGCAGGGUGUGACGUACAAAAAGGCUGAGCUGAAGACGUUUGUUGGGCUGCACAAGCAGUUCGGCGAGGAGACGCUUAACGACGACGAGGUCACAAUCAUCUCGUCGGUACUCGAGCUGGGCGACAAGAGCGUCUCGGACAUCAUGACGCCUCUCGAGGACAUCUUCUCCCUGCCCUCCGACACGAAGCUGGAUCACACGAUGGUCGACCAUAUCCUUGCGUCCGGUCACAGCCGUAUCCCCGUCCAUUUGCCAGGCAACCCGACCGACUUCAUUGGCAUGCUGAUCGUCAAGAAGCUCAUCUCCUACGACCCCGAAGACGAGAAGCAAAUCGGCGACUUUGCUCUCUCAGUCUUGCCCGAAACUGGACCCGACUCCACCUGCCUCGACGUCCUCAACUACUUCCAGCAAGGCCGCUCGCACAUCCUCCUCGUCUCUACGACCCCCGGUGAACCUGGCGGCGCGCUCGGCCUGGUCAGUCUCGAGGACGUCAUUGAGGAGAUGAUUGGCGAGGAGAUCGUGGACGAAACCGACCUGUACAUCGACAUCCACGCCAAGACGAAGGUCGUCCGCGCACCUGCACGGAAACCUGCUGUCGGAAACGGCAAGCUCGCUCCGCUCAUCGCUGGCGUCAUCGAGCGCCGUCGCCAAGCACGACGACACAACACGGCAGAGUUCCUUGGCCCGAACGGCGUGCCCGACAGCAACUUCUCAACCGAGGGGCGGAAUACGCCUAUGCCCGGCGCCGCUCCCUCCGGGUUCGACAAAGUCAAGCUUCGUGGCGGCGGUGUUCCCGAACGGCGGAUCGCGAGCGGGAGUGGAGCGAACACGCCUGUUCGGGGCCACAGCCGGCUCAGGACGGAGAACCUCGCUAUCAAGGGCAACGGCGAACGGACUCCUCUCUUGCAGAAUGGCGGGCAGGAGAGCAGGAGCCUCGACUAG